AUGCAAAAGAAGCGCAUUGGGCGGGCGGAGCAGCCGCCUACCAGCCAAGAGGCAAACCCCGAUGAGGUGGUCAAGAUUCGCCAACGCCUUGCCUUCCUCUGUCAUGAUCUGUGUAUUUUCGGUGCUAAUCCAGAAGCCAUGGAACGCUUGAACCUCUCCCUCUAUCCUCACUUCCUUGGCCCGCCCUAUCUCUCCGAAGAAGAAGCUGCAUUCGCUCUCUCUAGCGAGAUCCGCACGCUGCGCAAUGUAGGGCCCCCACCAUCCCUUGAUGCAAAUGCGCGUGACCAGCAUUCUCAAUCGCUGGCAGUCUUUCUGGAGGGAGGCAUGGCCGCGAUCAUGGCCGCACGGGAGGCUAAACACAACCACGAGACAAUCCGGGAACGAGAUUUCGUGCUGUGCACAUCGCACGACCUUGCGCCACUGUUACAGGACGCUUGUGCGUUCCCGAAGCAGCAUUUCGAGACCCGUGCAUUCAAGGACGCGUAUAAGCAAUGGGAGAAGGGGCUUCGCAAGGCAAAUAAGAAGGGGAAGGGAGCGGCUUGACGACUGCACACGCUGCGAUUGCUGUUGGCCUUGGUCUGGUAUUCCCAGACGAAGCGACAUGUCGAUAUUCGUGCUCCGCGUAUCAAUGCUUCCCUCUUGACUAUGGCUGUGAAUACCUGACGAACGAGUGUCCAGGUUCAAUUUGGGUUGGCAGAUACAACGAAUGUGACGAUCUU